CUCUAACGGUUGCUCGUUUCAAACGGUCCGUAAAUUUUUGAUUUACAUCGAGUUUUCUGGAUUAAAUACCGCGAUUAUUUAUUUUUAUGAGACCAGUUAGUUUUCAAAUCUGUCUUAAGCAGUAUCGAAGCGCAUUGGUUUGUACACUAUCCUAGAUUGUUUGUUGCCGAAAGCCUCAUUUAUUCGUAAUUUGGAAUAUCAGAUCACUAGUUAAACGUAUAGAAUUGAAGCUAAUAAGAGAAUAGGAACAAUUAGCGAUAGAAACAUUGAGUCCUGACAUAAAUGGUCCAAUAUAUCACCACAAAUACUGCGAACAAUAACGGAGAUAUAAUAUUGUAUUAUUUGCCGAUGGAACUACCGCUUAUAAUACAUCUAGUAUUUCCACCUCAGAAAUGUCUCGGUACCGUGAGUUUUUGUAAAAAUCAGGCUACAAGAUGAGGUUUUUAUCUGUUCAAGCUUCACUUAGACAAUUAUACAGGUAACUUGAGUUACAACUUCUAAAAAUCACUGUCUUUAAUUACUUUAAAUAUACAGCUCUGUGGCACUGAUUGAAAGUAUUUUUAGUUCAUCAGAGUAAAGACAGUAAUGCGGCUUCUGCUUCUCCUAGCGAUUAGUUCUGGUUAGAUUCGUUUAUGAAUAUUUAGAAAAAAUUUUCGGUAUCAUUCCCUUGAGCAAGGAUUUACAGAUGUUAGCUUCACUGUGUAAAUAAUUGAAUUUUGUUUGACAUUUAUCCAGUGAUUAUCUCUUGUACUCUGUAAGAUAGCUGUGGUAACUUUUAUUUCUAAGGUGAUUAAAUGACACUCCUUGUUCAUAGUCUAGUCGUUAUUUAAGGUUAUGAAAUUCAGUUUAAAAUCCUCUUCAAUUCGACUAACAAUUUAUUAUAUAGAGGCUUUCAUAUAGAAAGUGGAUAUUUCAGGGAAAUAUCUCGUUACAUGUCGCAUUUCGGAUACAGUGUUAUGUACGUAUAGUACUCUUCUUCCAACUUUCGUUUGUAUUUAUCAUUACCAAGGUUUGAUUUGAUAAUUUCGAAUACAUUGAGCAUUGGGUAGAUAGUUAUAACUAAUUUCCUAAGAUAAUAAUAAUAUAAACCAAUUAUUAUCACAAUCAGCAUUGAAUAUUCAACAAUUAGAGCGAACAAGUAAUUAUUUAUGAGUAAAAAUUGACCAAGAUAACUGUAUGCACAUACAUAUUUAAUAGGUUAUUAAGAUCUGUUCGUGAGUCUUACAUCAAAUGUAUUUGAUCAAUAGUAAUAAUAACAUUAGUAAUAAUAAUUGCAAUGUCGACACAAGAUAGUCUGGUUAUAAGUGGACAGUUAGAAAUAUAUCUCCGUAAUACAUGGAUACCAAUCAAAGCAACUUUGCAAAAUGAUGCUUUGGUUAUUGAAUUGGAACACACUCCAAGUAUUUCUAGCAAUCACCACGAAGAUAUUUCCACUGCAAAACGUCUGGUACGUAUAACAAAAGAAGAACUAAAUGGUCUAGGAAUCAGUAUUAAAGGUGGUAGAGAAAAUAAGACACCAAUUCUAAUCAGUAAAAUAUUUAAGGGUAUGGCAGCUGAACAAACUGGUCAACUGAAUGUUGGUGAUGCAAUAUUAUCUGUAAAUGGUGAAGAUCUACGGAAUAGUACACAUGAUGAAGCGGUUCGAGCAUUAAAACGUGCUGGACGAAUUGUUGAAUUAGAAGUAAAACAUAUGCAUGAAGUGACACCGUAUUUUCGAAGGGCAGUAGGGAUGGAAACUAUAGCAUGCUCUGCUGAUCUCAGUUGGCCUACUAGUCAGCUCGGUAAUCUGGUCCCAUUCGGAGCUAAUGAUACCACUGGUAAAAAUGUCACAUCAACAAGUAGUAUAGAGCAUCCAGGACGUUCUGGUGGUCCUGGUGUAGUGCCAUUAAGAUUAACACAUUUAGUAAGAGAUUUAACAUUACCAGAUGUGACUGGUUGUUGUUUUGAGUUACACAGUUCAGAUGGUCGACGUUCAUGUCUACUCCGUGCACCAGAUGCUCAAGAAGCUCGAAUGUGGUUUGAUGCAAUACACAGUAAAAUGAAAAUUAUAAAUAAAUCUUAUUUGGCUGAACUAAAUCGUCUACUUCCCCCAACCCAAGAACUUAAACAACUGGACUGGUUGGUGGAAUUACGGUGUACUAGUUCUGAUGUACCAAAUAGAGUAGGUGAUCAUAUAGAUGAUAUAAAUGGUAAUAUUGUAAGUGAUAUUCUAUCAGCUGGAGAUCACACGACAGCAACAGCACAUUCCCAACUUAUUCAUACAACAUGGAAACCAGUAUUCGCAGCUUUAUCUGACAGAGAUUUACUAUUGUAUGAUACUGCUCCUACAUCUAAAGAAGAAUGGGCUAAUCCUGUACAAGCACAUCCAUUAAUUGCUACACGUGUUGUUCAUGUUGAUUUAAGAAAAUCAAUUCUGAAUGAUUCUCAUGCACAAAAUGAAAUUGGUCGAAGAUAUCCACCUGGAGACAUGGUCACAUUUGUAACUAGAACAGGUAGCAAACACGGUGUUGAAUCUCAUACAUUUGCCGUAUCUACUCAAGAGGAUUUAAUGACGUGGUCUAAUGCAAUUAUUGAAGGCGCACAUAUGGCUGUAGCCGGAGCUCAAGAAGUAGUUAUCACUUGCAGAUGGCAAAAUUAUGAUUGUCGUUUAACAUUACACUAUGAUACUGGAUUAAAAUUAAUCUCUUGUCAAUUUCCUAUAGAAUCACAUUCAAUAGCACAAUCUUAUCCACAUGGGAAUAUGACUAGUGGACAUGUGAUAUGGGAGUAUCCAUAUGAAAGGUUGAGGUCAACUGCAGAUGAUGGAAAGACAAUUCUGUGGAUCGAUUUUGGACCAGAUGGAGAAUAUGUUAUAAUUUGUUAAUUGACAGGAAUUAGAUUUACUUGGAUGUCCAAAGCCUGUAGUAUUCAUUCUACACAAUAUAUUAUCUGCCAAAGUAACGAGACGUGGAUUAUUUGGAUAACAGAAGAAACAUUUCGGGAAACAUUUUAUUUAUUUGUCAAUAUAGAAACAUACGCACACACUCCCAUCUAGUUCUUAACAGCAAUACAACGAAUGGUAGUACAAGGAAAAGGACGGAAGCAUAUGUAUAUUGUAUAAUAAAAUUCUACGUAUGAAUACAUUGGUAAAUUAAUAUUACUAACUUCGAAUAAUAUUUAAUCUUUAUUCAUUUUUCAAUUAAGCAAUCAAAAAAAGUUAUUAUAGUCGUUAUCAUUGUGUACGAUACAUUCCAAAUUUAAAAACAUUUACUACUGACAAAUCAUCAUUAUUGUUCAAAUUUGCGUCGAACAAUCACUACAUGGAUAUCUGUAUAGAGAAGACGAAGUUCACUCUCCAAUAAACACUUUACAAACUCUGAACCAUGUGAAUAUCUUUUUGUUGUCUGAUAUUCUUUAUUGCUACUUAGUUCCAUUAUCCCAUCCCUUGUUUUCUCCUAACAUUGUGUUGAUUAGUUGGUUUUAUUCCAAUGUGAAAUAAGUGUUUUAUUUUCACUAGAUAACUAGUAGAUUCAAACAAAAAGGUUGUAAUGACAAACGUAAAGAGAGCUGAAAUGAAAGGAAAAUAUUUAGUUGACAUUGGACCAGUCAUUUUUAUCAUCGUAGUUGUUGCCGUCUUAUGAUUUUAUUAUUCUUCUGUGAUACACUACCACUCGUUUUCCUUUCUCUUAAUAAAGAUGUAUUUCUUUGACUCAUAUCGAAUCUACAGUAAACUAAAAUGUGACUGUUAACAAUUAUGCUGUUUUACUAUUAUUAUUGUUAAUGAUUACCUACUUACUUGCUGGUCUACUUACUUACUUGCUUUUUAUUAGUAAUUUAUUCUCACUGUUCUUCUGUUUGUUCAAUAACUAAUCCAGUUAUUGAUUGAGUUUUGAAAUGAAACUAAGAAUGAAUUGGUUUA